AUGCAGCAUCCUUUGGACAUGGGGGCGCAUUACUAUCCUCCGGAUGUUCAUGCAGACCACAGAACUCAUCGCUACAGGAGUUUCAUGAUAGAGGAGAUCCUCACAGAUCACCCGGAGCACAAAGCUUCGGCUCCGGCCGGGGAGCUGCUUAAGUUCGGAGUACAAGCUCUACUCUCCGCGCGGCCUUUCCAUAACCAACUGGUGCUUAAAGCCGACCAGACGAGCCUCCUAAAGUUCCCCAUGUCCCCGCUGUCCUGCUCGCUGGGCUCCCCGCUCCUGUCCGCGGCCCCGGGCCUGCAGAUAGGCGCGGCGUCCCACCACCUGCCGCUGGACCUCCACCUCCGCGGGAAGCUGGAGCACGGAGCCGACGCAGGCAGCAAGACCAAGAAGGGCCGCCGCAGCCGCACCGUGUUCACCGAGCUGCAGCUGAUGGGCCUGGAGAAACGAUUCGAGAAGCAGAAGUACCUUUCUACACCCGACAGAAUAGAUCUCGCAGAGUCUCUCGGUCUGAGUCAGCUCCAAGUGAAAACAUGGUACCAGAACAGGAGGAUGAAAUGGAAGAAAAUUGUGCUGCAGGGCGGCGGCCUGGAGUCCCCGACCAAGCCCAAAGGUCGCCCUAAGAAGAACUCCAUCCCCAGCAGCGAGCAGCUCUCUGAGCAGGAGCGAUCCACCGCAGAGGCUGACCGGCCCGAUGGCUCCAGCUCCCACUUAGAGAACGCUCAGGAGGAAUGA